ACAUGAGACCCCGAGAUAGCAUAACGCUGUCGAAACGUGGGUGCUCGCGCGGGUCCGGCAGUUCGGCCUCUGUUGCGUAUUUAUUAGCGAAGAUCGAGAGGCUCGCAUUCAGCCUGUAACGCGACCGGGAGCGGGGCAUGAGCCGAGCGACGGCGGGGAGAAUGGCCGAGGAGAUCAGAAGGGCGAGCGUGGAGUCGCAGGCGGCGUCUUCGUCGGCGACGAGGUGGGCGUGGCCGUCGGUGCUACGAUGGAUCCCCACGUCCACCGACCGCAUCAUCGCCGCCGAGAAGCGCCUCCUCUCCCUCGUCAAAACUGGAUAUGUCCAAGAGCAAGUAAAUAUUGGUUCUGGGCCACCUGGGUCAAAGGUUAGAUGGUUCAGGUCUUCCAGUGAUCAGCCCAGGUUUAUCAAUACAGUGACAUUUGACAGCCAGGAUAACUCGCCGACACUUGUCAUGGUUCAUGGAUAUGGUGCUUCUCAAGGUUUCUUCUUUCGAAACUUUGAUGCCCUUGCUAGUCGUUUUCGAGUUAUUGCCAUUGAUCAACUCGGUUGGGGUGGAUCAAGUCGACCAGACUUUACAUGUAAAAGCACCGAAGAAACUGAGGCAUGGUUCAUUGAUUCUUUCGAAGAAUGGCGCAAGGCCAAAAAUCUCACUAAUUUUAUUUUGCUCGGGCAUUCUUUUGGAGGAUAUGUUGCAGCAAAGUAUGCUCUGAAGCAUCCUGAGCACAUUCAGCACCUGAUUUUGGUUGGUCCUGCUGGCUUUACAUCCGAGUCAGAACAUAAGUCAGAGUGGUUGACAAAAUUUAGAGCAACUUGGAAAGGAACAAUAGUAAAUCAUCUAUGGGAAUCCAACUUUACUCCUCAAAAAAUAAUACGAGGUCUAGGACCUUGGGGCCCUGAUCUAGUCCGCAGAUAUACAAGUGCUAGAUUUGGUUCUUAUUCAUCUGGUGACAUGUUGACCGAAGGGGAGUCCAGAUUGCUAACAGAUUAUGUAUACCAUACUUUAGCUGCCAAGGCUAGUGGAGAACUGUGCUUGAAGUAUAUAUUUUCUUUUGGGGCAUUUGCGCGGAAGCCUCUUCUACAAAGUGCCUCAGAGUGGAAAGUGCCAACUACCUUUAUUUAUGGUUACGAUGAUUGGAUGAACUUUCAAGGGGCACAACAAGCUCGCAAGGACAUGAAAGUUCCUUGUGAAAUCAUAAGAGUUCCUCAGGGAGGGCACUUUGUUUUCAUUGAUAACCCUUCAGGAUUCCACUUAGCGGUCUUCCAUGCAUGCCGGAGAUUUCUAUCCGCAGUUCAUGUAGAUGACCAAACUGUACCUGAAGGUAUUACUGCUGUGUAGGUUGUCAUCUUGUCCAUUUUUCUACUUUAGGUGUCCUAUAACACCAUACCUGAAGGCAUUACUGCUGUGUAGGUUGUCAAAUGUAUUAUUACCAUUCUUGUAACUCAAUGUGUUAGCCAAUACAAUCAUCUUUGUAUGCUGUGUAUCUUGUUGCUUUUGGAAUAAAUAGAUGAACGACUUCAGAUACUUACAGGAUGUUCUGACAGGUUAUGUUAUCUUUUGGUCAAAUGACCAUC